AUGUACACAGAUCAUCAGGGCACUGCGGAUCACCGAUCAACGGAAAAAACCCGAAGAUGUCGGCUCGGUCAUGUGAUCAGCUGUGUCCAGUCACAGCUGAUCACAUGGGACAUCUACACUGAUCAUCAGGGCACUGAUGAUCAGUGUGCCCUGAUGAUCAUUGUAGCCCCAGCAGUGCCACCUGUCAGUGCCCAUCAAUGCCACCUGCCAGUGCCCAUUAGUGCCUUUCAGUGUCACCUAUCAGUGCCAGUCAGUGCCACCUAUCAAUGCCAGUCAGUGCCACAUAUCAGUGCUGCCAACCAGUGCCACCUAUCAGUGCCAGUCAGUGCCGCCUAUCAGUGCUCGUCAGUGCUGCCUAUCAGUGCCACCUAACAGUGCCAGUCAGUGCUGCCUAUCAGUGCCAGUCAGUGACACAUAUCAGUGCGGCCUAUCAGUGCCAUAUAUGAGUGCUGCCUUUCAGUGCCCAUCAGUGAUGCCUGUCAAUGCCCAUCAGUGCCAACUACCAGUGCCUCCUCAUCAGUGCCCAUCAGUGCAGCCUAUCAGUGCCCAUCACUGUAGCCUCAUUAGCGCAUAUCAGUAAAGGAGAAAAUCACUUCUUUUCAAAAUUUAUAACAAAAACUAAGAAAAAACUUUUUUUCCCCAAAAUUUUCAGUUGUUUUUGGUUUGUUGAGCAAAAAAUUA